GCGCUGUUGGACCAGAGAUGAGAUAUCGCCCUGGAGAGCUCCCGUCCACAUGAACGCAUAACGCGCUACGGCGCCGCGGAGACGCUCGGUUCUGUACCUUCCCCGGAACAUCAGAACUUAUCUGCACCACACUGGAUUGAUCGGAGACUUUUAAUCAAUGGAUUGGCAUUCAAACGGUUUGGUAAUUUUAUCGCUCCAGGAGGGUUAGGGGGCUACGAGAGAGCGCGCGUCCCUGAGUGAGCGUGAGAGACAGGAGCGAGAGACAGGGGGAGAGGGUGGGGAGGGUGGGACAGGGGAACAUAUCCUUUCAGCUAUGGAGCUCACCAUGGAGAACCUUCACAGCGUCUCCUCGCACUCCCAGGCGGGAGACCUCAUGAGCUCCCCGCACGCGCGGCCGUCGCCGUCCCCCAGCUCCGCUCCCCGGAAUCUGGUCUCACACGCUCCCGGCGCGCGGUCAGCCAUGGUGUCCGGCAUGGCCUCGCUCCUGGAGAGCUCCGGUGGGGACUACCGGACAGACCCGUCGCUGUCCGGACACCUGCACCCGUCCAUCAGCAUGUGCGACACCGGGAUGAGCCUUAGUAACACGUACACCACCCUGACCCCUCUGCAGCAUCUACCUCCGAUAUCCACCGUCUCGGAUAAGUUUCACCACCCGCACUCACACCACCACGCUGCCGCCCAUCAGCGACUCUCUGCCGGGAACGUCAGCGGCAGCUUCACGCUGAUGCGGGACGAUCACCGGGGGCUCGCCUCCAUGAGCAAUCUGUACAGUCACUACCCCAAAGAGAUGUCCGUGUCCGGCAUGGGUCACGGCUCGCUCUCCCCUCUGUCCAGCGGGCUGGGUUCUUUGCACAACUCCCAGCAGCCGCUGUCAGCCUACGGUCCGAACGCGCACCUCUCCACCGACGCCAAGAUGCUCUCUCCGGUGUCAGGCUUUGAGUCCCACGCCUCCAUGCUGUCCCGAAGUGACCAAGAGCACCUAGCCAGGAGUUUAGGAGGCCACGGCCACGGCAUGAUCUCAAACCUCAACGGCAUGCACCACCACCCGCACAGUCACCUGCACUCCCAGGCGAACGGCGCGGUCAUGCUGGGGGACCGGGAGCGGCACGGCCACGGAGCCGGGCAGGGAGUAGCAGGGUCGGGGAUGCAGGCGGAGGAAAUCAACACAAAAGAAGUGGCUCAGCGGAUAACGGCAGAGCUAAAGCGGUACUCCAUCCCGCAGGCCAUAUUCGCCCAGAGGAUCUUGAGCCGGUCGCAGGGAACCCUCUCAGACCUGCUACGGAACCCCAAACCCUGGAGUAAGCUCAAGUCAGGCCGGGAGACCUUCAGGAGGAUGUGGAAGUGGCUGCAGGAGCCAGAGUUUCAGCGGAUGUCUGCUCUCCGGCUGGCCGCAUGUAAACGUAAGGAGGAGGACCGAGGACGAGAGCGCAACCAGGUGCCAAAGAAGCAGCGACUGGUCUUCACCGACCUGCAGCGUCGCACCUUGGUAGCCAUCUUCAGAGAGAACCGCCGCCCCUCUAAGGAGAUGCAGAUCACCAUCUCCCAGCAGCUGGGCCUGGAGCUCUCCACUGUUUCCAACUUCUUCAUGAACUCACGCCGCCGCUGUACGGACCGCUGGGACACAGAGGAGCUCAGUCACGGGGUGCACGGGGGCCACGGUCAUGCACACACUCCUCACGGGAACAGCAACAACAACUCUUCACCGAUCCAACCCGGUACCUCCUCUGCAGCCACUUUCUCGAAGGCUUGACGGUGGCAGGUUGGAUGGUUGAACGGAUGCAUGGAGGAUGGAGGGGCGGAUGUUUUUCACUAAAGCACUCCUUUAGCUCCUGCAGCUACAGGGUGUGUAGCUUCAGACCACUCAUCUGAUUCAUCUGCUCAGAGUACUGACGACUUGUGCAGAUGAAUCAGAUCCUCUCGAUGCUCCAUGUGUUUUCUUUUAAUCUGAAUGUUACUCAUAGGGGCUAAUGUGCAUUUCAAAUUGUGGCUCUUCAAAACCAAAGAUCCAGUAGCUUUAAGAGAGAGUUGCCCUCAAACAACCACACGUGGCUCUUAGUAAAUCCACCUGAAAACCAAAGAAAAUCCAUCCACACUAAACCACUCUGUUGGUCUGUGUUGAAGCCUUGAAAAGGGAGGGAUUGUCUUUAGGAACCUCUGAUGGUGGUCAGGAUGUAAACACACCAAAGAAUCACCCGUGACAGGGAACAGAUAGCUUUAAGACAGGAAACCUUGAGCAGCCACACGUUGGUCUUCACAAAUCAGCCAGAAAUCAGACAGUGGAUGUGUCUGCUUGGCCGUGAUCAACCGCUCCUCAUUUCAGUAACAGACACUGAGGCUGAUUGAGAGGUGCGUUUGCGUGUCAAGUGUCUGCGAAGCGUUCUCUGCAGGUCCUUUGACCCGCUAACCACAUACCACCUCGCUGCAUCACUGCAGCCGUGCGUGUGCAUGUGCGUAAUGUUCACAUGCUCCUUGAGUGUAAUUCCUCUGCAGUGAUUCGGCCUGCUCCACAUCAGAGUAACAGUGCCACCUGCUGUCCAUUUAACCACAUCUGAUCAUGUCCUGAGCAUGUAGCCACAUGUCUCCAGCAGGCCUACAGCUACACACUGUAGACUUCUAAUACCAAUACUCCAUAUAAGCAGAAGUGUAGCCCUGCAAACACCAAAUAGACUGAGACGAACACGACAACUCACACACCCUUUGAUACACAUUUGAAUGUUGUCUCGUUGCAUGGCGACAUGGCCAUAGACCGCGUAGCCGCUUGAGAGGUUAUUUUCAGGUUACAAAAGGAGAACAAUCAAACAGGGAUGACACUCCCCGCGUUUUAAAAAAGUGUCGUGCCCGAGCGUAGGGAGUGAGGGAGGGAGGGGGGUCUGCUCUGUUCUAGUGGCCAAACGCAGAGGUCAAAUGUCACAAUAUAGGAUCCUGAGUGCCAAUGAUGUUUGCCUCUUUAUGAUAAUCAGAGAACAGGUGCAGCCCACUCCGUCGCCAUGCGCCCCUGCUGUGUCUGGCCUGUGUCAUUACAACUGCGAGCACUACACGGGCACCUAUUCCAUACCUCAGAUAAACAUUGAUGUGAUCGACGUGAAACACAAUGAAAAUGACUGUAAAUAAUAAUUUAGUUUCAUCUCUCUUUCUCUCUCUGUCUUAUCUAUUCUCUAUUUAUCUGCUCUCUUGCUACUCCCCCUGUUGUGUCCUUCUUUCCUUUCUCCCUCCUUAACUAUUGAUGCGGGUAAUAAUAGUACCAUAGACACAUGGUUUCUCUCUCGUGACUAUUGUGCUAUGUUGUGCUGAGACUAUAUGUAAAGAAGCACCUUGUCGACAAAAUGUAAAAACUUAAAGAUGAAAAAAAAGGAGAAUCAACACAGACUGAUCCUAUGCACAGACCAGGACGGAAUACAACAAUUGACGAGCUGUGCAUAUUUGUGAAUACGUGAUGGAAGGACCUCUUCCUUGAUCUCUGAACUUUGAGCCCUUUGAACUGGACUGUCACUGCAUUCCUCUGCUGAUGGUGUUUUUUGGUUACCAUGAGAACCGCCUCAUUUCUUUGUGUCUUUUUUUAUCUUUAAUUUUGUGGGCGAAGCCACUUGUUGUGUAGCAUCUUCUAGCGGGAGAUAAUCAUAUUAGAGAGGAGACGCAGACAGGAGGGAGAAGGGUGCAGCAGGAGCAUCAGAGGCCCAUCAUCAGACUGGAGGGAAACAUUUACGUGACAUUCCUCCGUAGUUUUCGAGGUCUGGGAGGGAAAAAAACUGUAGCUUUUCAUUGCAGAUAUUUGAAGCUCAGACCCAAAGAGUUAGCGAUGGAAACAGUUGUGCGUGUGUGUGGCUACCUCACAGAAUAGACUGGACUGUGACACAGCCAUCAAUACCAAAGAUACUUCAAGCCUGCCGUGUUCACACUGGACCAGGGACAUGCACACACAUGCAAACACUACACACAUGCAAACACACACAUGCAGAUACGCUUCUAAGAGCCUGUUUACACCUGGUAUUAACAUGCAUUUCGGUGAUCCGAACACAAGUGGACGUCUCCAAAUGACCACUUGUGUUCAGAUUUCGUUCCUGCCUAUGUUACUUGCGCUAGGAGGUUGAAGGUCUAUCGCACAGUUAUUACGUUCACACUCUCGCUUGCUGCUCGCUAGCCAUGGAUGGAUUACUAAACAGGCCCAGGGGCCCAAGGUGUCAGGGGCCUCCUGUGGCCUUCACCUGCAAAAUGUUGCUCAAAUUAACAUGUUACAGAAAGAAAGAUACUAAAAAUUACCACAAAAGCCCCGUUUCCACCAAACACUUUCAGUAUAGUACCUUUGGAACCAAAAGUAACCCUUCAGACACGGUACCUAGACCCUAGUCUCUAUAUACAGAUUCUACAUUCAGUGAAUGUAGGCAAACCCCGGAGAUCUUGCGUGAUAUUGACCAAUCACGUUUGAGCCGGCUGCAGUUGUUGCCAGGUUAAACGCUCCGUGCAGUGAACAAACGAGGCGGAACAUAAUUGGCGUCACUGCAAACUCUGAAUCCAUCGCAAUGGUUCAGCAUAUUUACUUAUAUAUAAACGGAAGUCGGAAAUGGAAAUUCGCCUCCUCCGCCCAAAUCAAACCGGAAUGCCGGAAAAUCGGGGAUCUGCCCCCAGAGGCUGUAUCGCCGUCUGCCGGAAGUCAGAUGCCGAAUACAGCUGAUGGGUUCCGAGAAUGCCUAGACCCUAACAGUACUCUUAAAUGUAGGCGGGGUUGUUGUCACACACUGCUCCGUCCAGCACUCGCUGUAUUUCCUCAUCACUGGUGACACAGAUGGAAGUCUGCUCCUCGUCUGUCGUCCAGGGAACAGGAUCACACACUGACAUUUUCAGAACAAAAUAGAACAGGCUGCAGUGAAAGUCUCUCUAGAUCCAAACUGCUUGGUGAAAAUGGGGCUAAAGAGACACAAAAUAACGAGAAAAUAACUGCAAACAACCACAAAGAUGCACAAAACAACCAAAAAAAGACUUGAAAUUACUUCAAAGAGACACAUGACAACAACCAAGAACCACAAACCCAUAAAAAUUGUGUAACGACUACAAAGAGAUGCAAAACAACAACAACAAAAAAGGCAAAACCACCACAAAGUUUGUGUGUCUUGCUCCUAAGUCUUGUGCCCAGGGGCUCAUUGUCUUAUAAUCUGCCCAUGUUGCUAGUCAUGUUAGCGGUUGUGUCCGUACUACCGGAGAUACUGCUGUCAGCAGAAUUCAACAUGUCUCCUUCCAAAGGGUCAAACAAUGGACAGUCACGCAACACCUCGUCCAAUUUGUUGUCACUGUCGCUGUCACCAAUACAACCACCACGUCCUGCGCUGAUGAUGCAGUCCUAGUCAGGGACGCUCAAGAUGCAUUAGCGUUUACAUUGCAGAAGCUAUGUGGUCAAAUGUGUCCCAGACCACCUCUGCAAGUGGUUUGAGUGAUCGCAUCAUAAUGUGUCUUGGUGUAUUUAGUGUUGUCCGCCUGUGUUCAGAUCACACAUGUUAAUACCAGGUGCAAACAGGGCCUGAGUGCACAUACACACCUCCACAGAGCAGUCGUGCUGCAUGGCAAACACACGGAGGUGUUUGUUAUGUGGGAAGAGUUGAGUGCCUUUUUCCUUCAACCAGGGGUUGGACUGCUCUGCACACACGCACACACACAUACAUAAACACACACACACAGUGUUUAAAGUGAAGGGGGGCACACACUGGGUGAAGGGGGAGCAACACAGGAGGAGGUCCUCAUGACAUUAAAAAAAUUCUGUCUGAAUUCAAAGAGCACUUUUUUCACACAAUGAGGGAAAAAGAUUGUUUACCGCCACCUUUUUGUUUUUGUUUUUUUACUACAUGCUGGUGAGACUUCGUCAUCUCACCGAGUCCUCUCCACAAUACACACAUGCACACACACUCCCACCAGAGAUAUUUUUGUGUAAUUUGUAAACCGAGUGUAGGUGUGUGUGUGUAUCUGACUGUUUACAAAAAGCCCUCUGAUCCCGCUCUCUCAUUGGCUUGCACCUAAAACUUUAAGCUUUGUAACCAACCGACCAAUGAUAAAUCAGUAAGGAAAUGACGAGACCCUUCGACUCACAGACACAUGACGCCUGCCGGUGAGCCCCGCCCAUCCAAACCCUCUUCGCUGGUCCCUCCGUCCAGGGUAGCAUCACAACGAGGCAGGCAUGUGUAGACAAUUCAUCUUGAUAUACCUCAAAUCUUUAUUGUAAAGGUUAAUGUAGUGAAACAAUAAUGACAAUGUUUAGCAAUGAGAGUGACAUUAAAGUCACAGCAAAAUGAUUGUUCCUUUUUUUUUUUUUAAGUAAUUUAUUUUUAUUUAUUUUAAGGAGCGUGUGCAGUAUAAGUCUUAUGGUUUGACAUUUUUUGAGACGGUUAAUUUAUUGUUUGUAGGUUUGCACGUUGUCCUUUUGGAGUUAAAGGAAUACUUCCCCCCUAAAUGAUCUUUGUCAAUCAAUUACUCACCCGGUGUUGCGUUUAAUUCGGGGAAAAAUACUUUGUUUUUCUCACAUGCCUCCACGGUGAACGAAGAAUCCAGGGACAAGUGUUUUGCUGUUGUUAAACGUGAACCCCUAUGACUUUAAUUCAUGUAAAAGUUUCUCCGUUUUUUCAACACGUUCUCACUCCCAACGUGUCAAAUAUCGAUGCUUGGUCAGUGACCCUGCAUGUCAAAAUAUGAAGUGCUAGGUACCUCUUGUGUCAGUUGCAGAUGUUCAGGGACGACAUACAUUGUACAUUGCCAAUUUUCACAGGUUAUGUACCGUUUCUGCUUGGUACAUACAUACAGUCUCUUUUUAAAGUAAUGAACGCUUUGUUUUUAUGUUUACUUCUUUAGGUUUAGGCAAAAAAAGGAGAAUGUGGUUAGGUUUAGAAAAAACAUCAUGAUUUGGCUUAUUUGUUACCAACGUAAUGUCACGUCAUGUGACACGUCGCUAGCAUAGUAUACUACAAAUACUAGCCCACCACGUUGUUAUUAGAAUAACUCAUAUGACUUCACACGGGACACAAACAGCGGGCUCCUGAGUGAACAACACAUUAUUCUCACUCCAACCUCGUCAUAUAUUGACGUUUGGUCAUGGACUAGAUACGAUGUGAAAGGUACCCUGGGUGCGUUGGUUGUUGACGUUCUGGGACACCGUGUCAAGUUCUGCCUGUUACAUGCAUUGUCUUCUUUCAAAAUACACUUCAGUUUUGACAGGAAAUUUACCAUUUACAUACAGUCUCUUUCAAAAUAAACGCAACGUCGGUACAACAGCGCAAAUUGACAUUUUCUUUAUUCCCUCAACAACAAAAACAUGUGGUUAGGUUUAGGAAAAAAGAACAGCAUUUCGCUUUAAAAUCUUACAGGACACGAACACCACACUCCCGGGUGAAAGUCUGUGUUUGUUGACCCAUCCACUACCCCUCCAUCCCACCCUACUUGGACUUUCGCAGCGCUGCGUUUUCCCUUAAACUAUAACGACGCUUGGCCGUGUAUCGUGCCAACAUUAAAAGAUGGCUUUUUUUGUCGGUGUUUGACGCCAGAAGUCACUGCCCAAGCGCCAGAUUUCGGCGACUUCUGAGUGACACCAGGUUGAGGUGAAAGUCUGGAGUUUAUCUGACUCAUCCACCCUCCCUCUCUCCCGCCCCAUGCGGACUUCUCGCUUUUUAUACAACAGCAGUUGCUUGGAACGUCAAAGAACGCCACAGCCUGGUGCGUCUCAUACCGCUGAUAAAGGCUGCCUCUGUGUCUAACGCUGAGGGGCACUGACAAAACGUUGGUAUUUGAUUGGUUGGGAGUGAGACCAGGCUUGUUUUUGGAUUCUUCGUUCACCAUGUAGGCAUGCAAGAAAAACAGUGUUUUCUUCUCGAAUUCAACGUAACACAGGCUGAGUAACUGAUACACAACUGAUCAUUUGAGGGUGAAGUACUCCUUUAAGAGAAAGAUUAAAAGCAUAUAGGAUAUAAAUGAACAGGUAGGAAAAUACAUGAUGAUGAUGAUGUAGCAGUGGGGGAGGAAGAAAACAAGAUAACGGAUACAAGACGUAGUUGAAAAAAUUGUUUAAGACCAAGGUGAAAAUGACACAUCAAGGACGCAUUAAUUUCUGUUUGGAUUAUUUUGUGUUUGAAGAUUGUCUCCUAUGUGUGUUAAAGUGAUUCCCAUAUUAAAAAAAAGAGAACCAACCAAAGCACCUCUGUCAUUAGGGUUGGGACGAGCGAUUCUUUUAUGCAUGGAUAUUAUAUAAGUGUAUAUAAACUGCAGGAUGAACUGUACCUCUACAGGUGGAGGAGAGGGGGAGAAACAGGGAAACAACAACUGGGUUUUGGUUUCCGAGGACAUUGUUUUUAGCUCUGUGUCUUUUAUGUGCUGUUUGUAUAAAAUCUGUGUAUUUGUACGUGUACCAGCUUCAUCGCUGUGUGUCUUUCCUCCUGUUGUAACCCGUCCCUUUGUGUGGGAAUAGUCUCCACACCUCCAUGUCUGUAUUUGUAUCUACCCUUUGUUUCAUCACAUCACACGGGUGUGAGUGUGCGUGUGAGUUUCUCUUGUUUCGUUCCCGUAUUUCAGCUCAUCCGUAUUUAAUCUAAAUUCGAUCGGCCUGAGUGUUUGUCUGCUUUGGGAGAAGCAUAAACAAACAGACAGCCAGGCAGCUGAAAUACGGGUUUCUUCCAGUGCAUCAAAAUGGCGUCAUUUGCUUUUUUCCUCAGAGCUCUGGAAGCCCCAGUGUCGAUGUUCUCUCCCUCUUCCCUUACCAAUCAAUCAAUCAGAACCAAGUGUCUUUGUGAUGGUAGAAGACAAUCAAUUUCAAAUAGAGCAGAGACAAAAAAAAAAGAAGAAGGAGGGAGAGAGAAAGAGAGCGAUGGAGGAGGGCAGAGAAAACGACUGGACAGGAGAAAUGGGAGGAGAGGAGGAAGGAUGGUUCUCAGAGAAAUCAGUGUGUGUGUGUGUGUGUGUGUGGUCACCUUUAACCUCUGCAGAGUGACCUUUACGGUUGGGGCUGAGAUACCCAGGACCCUCCCCCGUCCACGAUGGAGGAGGUGGGGGUCUGACUUGUUAAGUGGACAUCUAAUCGAAGAUGUUGAUCAAACGCCUGCACACACACACACAAUACACACACACACACGAUGGUCAACCAGAGAGCCGUUCUUCUGAUCUUCAUCUCCCAGUGACACAGUGAGUCUGUCAGUCACGUUGGUCUGCCUUCAGCCUGUGGAGGGAGACUCAAGUAAUAAUAACUGGAACAAAUAAUACACCAAGUGAAAACCAGUAUGGUUAAAUUGUGUGUUUUGACUAAAACAAAUAAAGAAACAAGCAAUUGGCUG